AUGUCUUCAGAUUAAACGAUAUCAUAGUUGAUUUUGGUGACACAAUAAAAUCGCAGUGAAAUUUAAAUAUAACAAAAAUAUUGAAAAACAGUUAUUGGAGUAAAGAAAUCAAUUAUAAUAUAUUUAAAAGUUCCAUAUCUAAUAAUAAUUGAUAACUGAAAGUUGAUGAAUUAUUUGGUGGUCUCGUAAAUGGCCAUAGAAACUAGAAAUUCUGGAAAACCUAGGCAAGUAAGGGGCACUCCUGCUUACAAGUAUCGCAACAUAUUUGUAUUUGGUACAUUGGCUUUUAGUGGAUUAUCUUGGUUAAUUUAUGAUUUACUUCCACCUACCAAAAAAUUAAAAGAACGUAUUCAAAAUGGUAUGUUUGACCGUACAGCAGAACAGGAGCACCGAAUGGAAUUGUUUCGACGUAAUUUAAAUCCUGAUCAAAAAGAUCUUAUGAUGAAAAAAGCUGAAAUUAUGUAUAGAAAAGAAGAUCCUCCAGAACUUAUUAAAGUUUAAGAUUUUCAUGUACUUUUUUUAUUGAACACAUAGUGUAUUUUAUAGUAAUAAAACUAGUUUUAAAGAUGAAUA